CAAGGCGCUACAGCUACAGUCUCCGGCCUUAUCCCCACCAACCCGACCAAAAAACUCCAGCGAUGGAGCCCGACCGCCGCUCCGCCGUCUCCUCGUUCUACAACCGCCCACGCACCUCGGGCGAUGCGCUCAACGUCGAGUAUCCCGCGUCGUACCCGCAGCCGGACCGCGCACGGAGGGACUCGUCCUCUACCUUUUUUGGCACCGGCAACGUCGCGGCGCCGCCGGCGGGCGCGGGGUACGCGAAUCGGCCGGCGUCGUAUUUUGACCAGGGGCCUAGGACUCAGCCCGUGAAAGGCUUGCAGGAGGAAGACGAUCUCGGCGCGGACCAGGGAUGGGACGUAUACGCGGAUUUCAACAACGCGGGGCCGAGGUACAGCCAGGCGUUCGGGCAGACCACUGCUGCUGGGUACCACCCUAUCCCGACCCCGUCACCCGCCACGCCGACGCUCGCCGACACCAAGUACGAAGGCGACUACGCGCACCCGGCGCAGCUCGAGGGCGGGAUCAACACGGGCGACGGCAACGUCGAACUCGUCACCGUGCCCGGGCUCGGUCCCGAAUGGUCGAAGCGCGAGCUGCAGGAGAUGACGAAGAAGGGGAAGAAGAAGGAGCGGAAGGAGAGCGCGCUCCAGAAGUGGAGGGAGUGGAACCGCGACCAGCGCGGGUGCUGUGGCAUGCAGUUCAUGACGAGGCGGACGCUCGUGUUCGUCAUGUUCGGCGUCUGCGUCGCCGUCGGCAUCAUACUCGCGUUCACGAUCCCCCGCGUGCCCUCGCUCCAGCUCAACUCGGACACGCCGCUCGUCAACGCCACCGGCUCCUUCGCCAAGUCGAUCCCGACCCGCUUCUCCCGCUCCCCGGCCAACUUCACCUUCGCCUCCGCGGCGGACAUGCAGGUCGACACCGGCAGCAACUUCCUCCCGCUCCGGAUGACGAGCAUGAAGGCGGAGGUGUUCGACACGGACACGAAUUUCAAGGUCGCCUCGGGCGAGAUCGGGCACCAGACGUACAAGGCCAAGACGUUCACGCACGUCAGCCUCCCGCUCAACUUUACGUACGUCGCCGUGAACGACUCGGACACGACGUGGACGACCUGGUACGACGCGUGCAGGAACAAGGCGUUCUACACCGACGGCAAGCGGCCGGGCCUCAAGUUCAAGCUCGUGCUGACGAUGGACAUCUUCGGCCUCAUCGGCAAAAAGGUCUCCGCGACGAGCGUCACCAACGCGCCGUGUCCCGUCGAGCUGUCCCAAUCGGCCCCUUGAGUUCUUCCUACCUCGGCUCGUCCCUCUUUUCCUUGUUCGGAGCAGAAACAGUAGUGUAUUCUAUAUAAUAAAAAUCGCAUCUACGGACCUUAUAUCGUGGACAGGUUUGCAUCCCCUCACUAUAUCUAGCAUAUACGCGCACGCUCUUUUUUUUUGUGGACUCCGUUUGUCGUUUCUUUUUCUUUUGUCUUGUUUGACCGAGUACAUGCAUAUUCCUUCGCAUACCACACCGGUAGAGCCAUAGGUGCAUUCCAG